GCUCAUUGCCACUGAGCUAUACAACAGGGAGUCCUCCUCGAAUUUCUGUAACUUCGUCGCCAUCUUUUUUGCUUCAGUUGAUGAUGGCGAGCACUCCCUUCAGUCCAGGAAUUAUAGUACAGCUCAGUGCUCAAUGCAUUCAAUCAUUUCAAUGGUUCAAUCAUAGUCUCACAGAUCAACCAAGUUUGGAACACUCAACAUUUCAACAUGGAAGGUUUUAAAAGAAAAGACUGAAAAGUGUGAAAAGACAAGUAUCCAUAAAAGUGAUAAAACAUGGUUGCCUUUAGUCUUUGUUCUCACAAGGUAUCAGACUACCAGUCUCUUAAAGCUUGAUUAGCACAGUACAACUAAUCCUAGUGUAAAUUUUAAUCAGCUGUUUUUGUUGCAAUUUAACCCAAUUUUCGUCAUGGUUAUUGUUUGUUUGUUUCUGGCAGCUUUCAAAAUUGAACGGCCCUAACUUUUAACUAGAUAAUAUAAGGUGUUGUGUGAUUUGAGUCUGUUGACACACUUUUGAAAGUUUGGUUUUUCAGUUUGCCUUCUUCAUCCGUUUCCUGUAACGUUGGAAAUAACUGUUUCCAGAAAAGCAAAGUGGAAACACUAUUAUUUUGACAGCCUCUAAGCAACCGGCGUUCGUGAAAUCGAUUCUAUUAUUGUGUGUUUGACUUGUUGGAUUCAAUCGAACUUUAUCUGUGCUUUAUGCACUAAGCUAAGCUUCUUACGUUUCAGCUAACAUAUAUUGUAGUCGUAAAAAACGAAGAGGCAUCGAGGUCGUCAUAUUGGGUAUGCCUUAUACUCAUAUUCGGUGCCAUAAGUAAACGAUAAUAAUUAUUUAAUUACAAGGAACGUAAACAUCUUCCAAAAUUAGCGUUCGGAAGACAAGCGAGACUACGAUGGCUACAGAUAUUGUAGCAACUUGGGACGUUGCUUUAUCUGAUGGCAUACAUACCGUUCUCUUUGAACAUGGUACGACCACUGGCAAACGAGUCAUAGUUUUAGAUGGGGUCGAGAUCCUGCGACGAAACUGGAUGUUUCGUUUAGUGGGAAAGGAAGAAUUUCCCAUUGGCAGGAAAACAAAGGCAACUAUACGAAUUGAAGCUGUGAGCGGUUUUUCGUAUGAGUAUACGCUUGAUGUUAAUGGUAAGCCGCUAAAAAAGUUCACAGAAAACCGAAGGAAGACAGCAAAGGUUUGGAGGUUUAUUCACGGUGGUGUAGAAACAAGAGUUGUUUUUGAAAAGAAUAGCAUGGACGUGUGGUGUAAUGGAGAAGUACUUGAGACUGCAGGAGAAUUUGUUGAUGGUGGCACUGAAACGCAUUUCAAACUCCACAAUAAAUACAAUGCUUAUAUCAAAGCAAUCAGUUCUGGAAAGCGAAGGAAUGGGAUCAUUCACACAUUGUUUGUUGAAGACCAAGAAAUUCCAGAGACAGAUAUGGAUGUCUAAACGAAGAACCAUGGACGUAACGAUAUAUAGGUGCUUAUAGUUGACGAGUGCCGGGUGGGAUAAAUAUUCGUAUAUAUUGCCAUGUGCCCAUGUGCUGGUCUUAAAAAAUGGUUGCUCGUACAUUUAUGAAUAUACAUCCUCCCCAAAUUAUUGUGACAAGUUACGUCCAUGUGAACGACCUCGUGCUCCAUUUAGAUUGUAACAGUAGGGAAAGUGGCUUGUAAUGAAAACCAUAGCUAAUUCUGUUCACCUAAUGUAAAUGUGCAAUCUGAUUGGCUGGCUAAUAUAGCUGACGAUGAGAGCUAGAUGGCGAACAGGGAAUUACACUAGACUUUGACAAACUGGAAAACACCAAUUUUUACCAUUAAUUUUAAUAGCCACAACGACAAUAAAAAGACAGAAAAACUUAAUUCUUUACCGUUUCGUGUUAGAUCUAGAAACCCCUUCUCCUUGAAUAUAAAAAAGUAUUUGCAUUGUAUAAUACUUAAAAAAAUAAAAUACAAUCAGCAGUGUUUUAAUUCUAUCCCAGGUUUAAACUAGGUUAAUCUCUGUUAGAGAGUUUGGGAAAUACGACAAUGUCAACUGCAACGUUGCGCAUCAACCAUUGUAUCGGUCAUUAAAAGACAAAAUAAAAUGUAAAUUACGUGGUCUCAAACAUUGCACAUUGCCGUAGUUGCUGAUACUUUUUCGUAAUUUCCACCAAUUUCGCGGGGCAUGACCGCGUGUACGCGGCAACAGCUAAUGUGAUCAAUGUUGUUCAGAGUGUUGACAUGCUAUUAACAAACUUCGGACAGGCUCACGAAGGACCUGCCACACUCUGUAGCAGUUGUUCGUUGGCUGUGAAAAAACACAAAUGGACCUGGAAGACAUUUGAACCGGUCAGUAUCAAUCGC